AGUCUUCCAAACGUCCGCCAUAUUGUCGUUUCUUACCUGUCCUCCCGAAAUCGCCGUGGCUGUGGCGGCGGCGCCAAAGGGUCACGUGCGUUCACGUUAUGGAAUGCCGAAAUGAACAGAAACGGAGUGUGUCCGAUUCGUUUGUUGUUAGUUUAAGCGACGAAAUGAAAAACGAAACUCUUCAAGACGCCUUCCAAAAGUACAAGAAAAAACGAGAGAAUGAUAUGAGAAAGUGCAGAAAAAAGAAUAGGAAAAAACGUAGUGAGGCAACUCUGAGGGCGUUAGCAAACCCUGAGCGGAUGAUGGCGCUCAGGUAUAGACUGAUUGAACAAGCUAGGAAAUAUUUCGGGACGCCUUAUGCAAGGCGUUACUGGACGGAGAACGGUUAGUAGGUUAAUCGUUGACUUUCCCCAAGCCUCAAACAACUUAAAAAAUUACGUAAUUUACACCUUCAAAGAUUCCGAAUACCAUUCGAAACUGUUUCUCGACUGCUGUGGUCUUGUACGUAGAAUAAUGCGAGAUCUCGAAGAUGAAUUCGGUUUUCGAAUUGGGUCAUGGAAUCAAGCUUAUCAGCACGACACUUUACCGAUAACGGUUGAACGGGAGGAGGAUAUGAAGCCGGGCGAUCUAGUUUUCAUAUCGGCAGUUUACUAUAACGAAAAGAUGAAAAAGCAAAGGCAUAAUUUGACCCAUGUUGAAAUUUGGUUGGGAGAGGGACGUAAAACUAUCGGAUCACGUUGGCACAAAGGCCACGUUGGUAUUUUCGACGAUUACAGAUUUAAAAGCACUUCAUAUCACUCAAUGAAGUACAUUUUUAAGAGCAUAGACACCUGGCUGAUGGGAAUAUGCCGUAGCCAUUGUCCUGACCAUAAAUGGAAGAAUAGGAACGAAACUUAUAAGUCGACAAAGAAAUCUAUCUUCAAGAUACAAGAUGGCCAAUUAAAGAAAAAGAAUAAAUCAAAAAAGAAAGCCUCCACAGAAAUUUCAAACAACUGUUUAGAUCAGUUGAACUUGAAACCAUUACCGCCGAUACAAGUGAAAAAAGAAACUAAUACGCUAUCCGACUCUACUCUACCUGAGAGUUUGAAGCAAACAGAAAGUAAAUCUGUCGAACAAGAUAAUGAUGAAGAAAUAGAUUUAAUAAGCUCAGGUUCUUGCACUGAAGCCAGUCAAAUUGAAGAUGAUGAUUACGAUUUAGAAAAAGAGAAUAUAAAAGUUGAAAUUAUGUCUAGUGCUAAUUGUUCGUCUGUCAAAUCUAGUACUGCUGAUAGUGAGAAAGAGAAUAUUGAGGUUGAAGUAUUGUCAACCACAAGUAGUGGCUCAUCUGUAAAACUCCUUGGAGAAAGUACUAGACCGUCUUCCUAUACUUCCUUUAAAUUAGACUUACAAAAAGAUAUGAAACUCGUAAGCAAAACUCUGGAACGCCUUGAAGUUUCUGGUCGACAAUUGGUAGCCCCCUCUUUUUAUAUGGGACGACCGAAAACAACACCCGAAUCGUCAAAACACUCAUUUCCUUCAGGUUGUCAAUCGUUCAGCAGAGGAAAUGGCAACAAUCUACUCGUCAUAAAAUCGUAUAGUGCUCCUACAAGUCGGAGUCAGUUAGAAACAGUUAUGGGAAGAAGAGCUAGCGAUUCAAACGUCUUGAAAAAAAAGUAUUCAGAUCGUCAUACAAAGUGCCAUAAGGCCGAAAAAAUUGUAGGAAAAAGUGCGAGAAGCGAUAGCAUGGAAAAUACGCUCUCCGUGAAGCCGUCUUCUUUUAGCUCUAGACAAAAUCCGGAAAUAGAUUGA